AGCAACUGGCUGGAUCUUCCAGUGACACCGGUUUUGAACAAAAGAGCGUCACUUUCUCUUUGGCUCCAAACAUUCUGUGUAGUAAGUGCAGGUCGUGGGUGGAGCCGUGCACAGACUCUAUAUAAGGUGCGUAUCUUCACCCAGUCCAGUAACGUGUCAUUGAUGAAUAACUGCAAAACAAUCCUCAUUCAGCCGAACACACAACAGGUAAUGUUCUAUGAUGUAAAAGGCUUUUAUUUGUCUAAACUGGAGCUGAAGCUUUUACUUUCUCUAUGGAAUCGUCUGUUCCAGUGGUGGUAAAUCACUGAUUCUUCUGUCCUGCUGCAGCGUGGAGCUCCUGUUGAUGACUCUUGUGUCACAGCAUGAUCUCCAUCGUCAUGCUGCUCCUCAGCCUGAUCCCACGAUCAAGCUCUCGGUCACGAACCGGAUCAAUGGGAUCAUUAGUAGUGGAUGUGACCCAGACCCACUAUCAGGCAGAGCAGAACCACAGCAUCACACUGGAGUGGACCUUCACACCCAAACCUGACACCAUCACCUCAGUUUACAUCUACUGUCAGCUGCUCACUGGUCUCAGAGCCUCAGUCCUGCUUCAUCUCCAUGAAGGUGUUGAGGUCUCAGAGUCUCAGGAUCAACAGUUUUCAGGACGGGUCCAGUUUGACAGAGACGAGCUCAGAGACGGACGGAUCAGACUCCAGGUGUCCAGACUCAGGACUGAGGACUCAGGACUGUACCUGUGUGGAGUCAGAACAGCUGAUGGUUUGGGUUCUGGCCAGUGUCGACUCAACGUCACUGUGACUGAUCCUCCUGAAGCUGAGAGAGAAACUGAAACCAACAGCCACAGACCCAGAAGAUGGAUCAGUCUCUACACUGGGAUGGGACUGAUGGCACAAGUGGCUCUGACUGUUUGUUUCUAUUUCUUCAUUAACUCCUUGUGCAGAAAACCACAUUUACCUUCAGACCCCAGUGAUGAACUGGUGGAAGAGGUUUCAACACAAACACAAAACAAACGGUUUUAAAUUCUAGUUUAUGUGAUGGACAGAAAUCCCUGGUUUUGCUGAUGGGAGCCAUCCACAUACAGCAGGUAACCAUAGCAACCUGAGGUCUUCGAUCAGUUUCAUACAAAACCAGCCAACCUACUGACGCUCCUCAUGUGUUGGUGGAUCCACUCUGAUCUUUUUUAGCAAACACAAGUUAGUUUAUUGUCUAAUGUUGCAAAAACUGUAACAAUGAGCAUAAUGAGCAGAAUCUUUCCAGAAUUCAAACUUUACUGUUUGACAGUAGUGAUGAGAACGUAUCACCAGACUGGCUGUUCGUUUGUCUCCUUCAGCCUCUGGUGCAGGAAACAUGUUUUAUUGAUGACAUCAUCAUGUUUCUGCUUUCAGAAAAACUGCAAAAUUGUGAGCAAUGAGCAGAAUUUAUCCAGAACUCAGACUUUACUGUUUCCUGAUGAAAGCUUUGAGGCCUUGAAACUAGUUGAUGAGAACUUUGACUGAUGACAUCAUUGUGUUUCUGCAGCUCUGCUGCCUUUAAUGAACCUGUAGUUCAUUAGUGGAAGACAGAACUAAACGCGGGUGCCGUUCACUGACUGUAAAGUGAAUGUGUUUAAUUACGUUAAUGCUACACUAACGGCACUUUGUGUUCAUACUUUCAUACUUUUUAAAUGUCAUGAGUAGAAAUUGAUCUUGUUAUUGUUAGUGUUUCAUCUUAACAUGUACAUUUCAACAAGUCAAAGCAAAUGUUUGAACAAAGUGAAUUGUUUUACAUUACAUAAAUACACUCUCUUUUACUGUACAUAGUGAACACACAUUAAGACUUCAUCAAAAGUUUAGCUUUAACUCAAUACGUUUGUCGUGUUUCAUGCAGAGACUUCAGUUGAAAGCUAUAUAUAAUGGAUCCAGUGGAUCCAAGCAUCAUCCGUCCUUCUCCUCUAUCUGUGAACUCAGGGUUUAUACUUAGUAGAUGUAGUUUGUUGGGUUUUCUUUUGUUCUCAAGUGUCUGUUAUGAAGAAUUGGUGCUACUGGUAAUAAACCAAAAUAAACCGUCUGAUGCUGCUCAGAGCCUCAACCUC